AAAUUGUACUCAUGCGCUGAAGUGGAAUUUUUUGUGGAAUAUCUGGAUUUGAGAGCAAUGGAACUUUUCAAGAGUAAAUAAGUAUGGCAGUCGAUUAUCGUCACGAGCGAUUGAAGAGUUUGUCGAAUAAUAAAGAUUCAGAACUUUCUAUCGCCAAAAUGAGAUGGAAAAUGCUUGCAAGGGCUUUGCAAGAAGGCAAAGUUCAAGAUUCUCUAUCAUACCCUUGCUCUGUUCGACAGUUUACAACUUUUGGUUUGAUUCACAUGCUGCCCACAGAUGAUAUUGAGAAUGAUAAUGACAAAGAUAGAUGGCUUCAGUGUUCCUGUUUGGAAGAACCUCGUUUAAAGUUGAAAAUUAGGCUGUUGUCUGGAAGGAUCACUUGUGAUGAAUUAAAAGGAUUUGAUAAUACUGGAAAUGUUUGUAUAUGGCCUUCUGAAGAAGUUUUAACCUAUUAUUGUAUGAAAAAUAAAGAGUUGUUUGGUGGAAAUAGUGUUUGUGAAUUAGGAGGUGGUAUGGCAUGCCUAAGUGGAUUAGCAAUUGCUGCUACUGCAGGUGCAAAAGAAGUUUUUGUUACAGAUGGCAACAUGCGUUGUGUAGAAAAUGUGAAGUGCAUUAUUGAACAAAAUCGACAAUACUUUGGAGCUACUCAUGUUGUUAGUCGACUUCUCCGAUGGGAUGUUGUGGAAGAUCUGGCUGAUUUGAAAUCUAGAUUUGAUGUAGUAAUAUGUGCUGAUUGUUUAUAUUAUGAUGAUGGAAGACAUGCCCUUGCUGAAACAAUUUGGAAAAUUUUAAAAGUUGAUGGUGUUGCUGUCAUUUUGUCUCCAACUCGGGGAAAAACUUUCCAAUAUUUUGUUGAUAUAGUAGAAAAAGAUUUUAUGGUGGAACGUUUAAUGGCAUACGAUACUCAUGUAUGGGAGCUUAACUGCCGUCUGAAAGAAGCUAAAUCCAGUGUAUAUGAUGAAGACCUUCAUUAUCCCCAAAUGCUUAUUUUGAGGAAAUUUUAGACGUAGUAGUGAAAAGAGGGAGAUGCUAGACUAACCCCCAAAAUAGCAUAAAUGGGAACUUGCUGAAAAAGUUGGAUUUAUUAGUCGGACCCAUCCUUCACAAAGAUUUUCUGAAGCAAAGAAAUUAUUUGUUCAUUCUCAUUGGAAAUAAAUACCAUCUGUUUUAUCAUCAAUCAAAAAUUUCCUGCAGUGAUUAAUAAAUUUGCAGUUAUUACUUUACUAAUGAUACAGUUACAUUAUAAAGUAAAAACAGAAUUAUUUUUGAAGGUAAACAAAGAGCUGUAUAGUUUCAUACCAUAUUUGCUUUUUAACAAUCUUUAUUUCACUAUAUUAUCUUUGCUUUUUCCAAGAAUCUAACAUUCAUGCAAGAUUCAGAAUAUUUUAUGUAUUUUGUACUAUUAGUAGAAUGUAGAUCAUUAUUCUGAAUAUUAAAUCAUAUAAUACAAGAAUAUUUUAUAUUUAACUGACUUCAUUAUUUUGUGAAAUGUUUUAUUCUUUAAUGAUAACAUCACUAAAAAAAUUAUACAUUUCACUGUUCAUGAAAUUGUAGAACAAGAAAAAAAAAAAAAAAUGUAACUCAAUUAGAUAGUGUUAUAAGUAAUAAAGCAUGCAAUUAAUUUUUCAAAUGAAUUGCGAUUGGUGAUAGUUCUGGGAACAUGCAUGCAUUUUGUCUAGUAAUUUUCAUUUCAAGUGUAUGUUUGAAAAGGGAGUAAUUUAUUUAUUUUUGUUUCAUUAAAUUUUGAAAAAAAUUAUACAUGUAAAUUAGUGAAAUUUAAUGAAGUUUGAAUUUGUUAAAAGAAAUAUUUUCACUGCAAUUAUGUAUUAUAAUGUAAAUGCUAUAUAUUGUAUUCAAGAUGAAGUAUGCAUAUUAUAUGAAACUAAAUUUUUGGAAAGUUCCAAAAGGGGAAAAAUUCCCAUUGGUAAAGCACAAUGUGUAAUAACAUAUUUCUACAAAAUACUACUAGUUAAAAAUUAUUUUAAAUUGGUUGUAAUGAUCAAGGUUUUUAUAAUUGCUACAUUAUAAAGAUUGUAAUUUCCACUAAUAGAAUGGUUAUUUGUAAAACUGAGCUUUUUAUGACUACUUAUUUCCAUUUCUUUAAGAUCUAAAGGUAACAAUAGUACAUCUAGUCAGAGUAGUUAGAUUUCUACUACUCAAGAAUUGUACCUUACAUUAAGGGUAUUGAUAUAGCAAAAAAAUAUGUACAAUUAUUAAAUGAUUCAUGAAAAAACUAUUUUACCUCCUUGUAAAAAACACUUCCACUUGAUUCAUUUUUGUGCCAUGCAAAAAUUUUAAUAUUCAUGCUGCUACUCUUCUGAAGUUCAUAUAGGAGCAGUAUAUAGUCUUUACAAAAUGUAUCAUAUGUAUAGGAGUGUUUUCGAUUUUAAGAUUUCAAAUUAUUUGUGAAAGUCCUGUUUAUUGUUAAAUUAUAUGAUUUAUUUGUAUACUUGCAAGUUCUUACAUUUAAAAAUGUAAAACAAUUAUGUAAAUAAAAUCAUUUUAUUGGUUU